AUUGUGGCGCGCUGCUUUGAGUAGUGAACAGGUUUGUUUAAGCAGCUUAAAAGUUAGAGUUUUCUAGAGCGCGUUAUGAUCACUUAGCAGCUUCUGUCUUUCAAUGACUGUAUACAUAAUACCUUGUUUAUGAUGAUGGAUCGCAUAAAGAUGACCAAUCAAUGGAAUUGCUGUUUGCUAUUUUAAGCCUUGUGAUGACUCAAGAAAAGCAAUGCACAAAGCUUAUCACCUUAAAUGGUGACAUCCUUUCAUUUCAGUGCAGAUACUCCCAUCAGGAUGGGGACAGUCGGAAGAAAUCAGACCUCAGAUGUCGGCGGUUGGCAUUCACAAAGGAAACCAACAGUUUUUCAUCACAAAAUGGUGAUAUGCUACCCAUAUACGAGGACAUCUCUGCAGAUGUUGAUGUUGUGUGUUGCUCCACAGCAUUAGAUGUGAGAAAGAAAAUCGUGGUGCCUUGCAUUUUGCUAAAACAAUGGAAGCGGAAAACCUCUUGUUACAAGUACAAACUUAUCACAUUGACAAGCCCUACCAAAGCAGAACUCCAUGUGAAAUUUGACUCCCUGUACGAACUGCGAGAUGGAGUCACAAUAUUCCAGGGCCCCACUGUCGUGUGGAGACAUGAGAACACGGUACACUAUGCAUCUGCACACACCAGUGAAGUCAGAAGCAUUCCUCUUCAGAUGUCCGUUGUUUUUUUGGGAGAGUUAUGCAGUAAAGUGAUUGUGUUAGGCUCACAAAUACAUUCGAAGGAAGAAGUGAACCAUCAAAUCCGUGUCAACGAAGGUAACAAAAUGGUUGGCUACUCAGUUGAGGAUGGAAAGGUGUUCAAUGGAACUUGCAUUAUUCCCAAUGCGUACAGUUCUGUUGUGCAGUGCGCUUGUGUCAUUUCUGCUGAAGAGGUCAAAGGGAACAUGAAAGUGACCAUGGUGGCAGCCACAAGUAAACAACAGUUGGUCUGUUUUGAGGAUGGAUUUCUAACUGAGGUCUGCCAACUGCCCUUUGAAGAACCUGAAUGCAUCAAGAUGGCCAACAUUGGGAACAGUGGGCUAAUAUUUGCCGUCUCUUUCAACCAUGGAAAUGUGUGUGCUGUUUGGAGAGACACAUUUCAGGUUGCAGCCUGCUGGUCUGGCGUGAGUUCUGUACUCGUCGAUGAUUUUGUUGGCUGUGGGACCGACCAAAUCCUGCUGGUGCUUCAUGACCAGAAUCCUUCUGAAUCUAUAACAAACUUCAUUAUGACCGACCUCUGUGGCAUAAUGUAUUCUCAUGGCCAUGGUGAAAUCAUUGAGAAAUCUGAAACUUCAGAGGCUGCGCAAGGAAAUUAUCUCUGCACCAUACAAGCAUUAGAAUCCAGACUACAGAGUGGCCUGACCUUGCUCCAAGACCUUCAGAGGGAUGGGGAUGUCAAAGACCGGGUACUUCUGCAGUCCACUGAUGCUCUGGCAGAUAUGAUGGCUGGACGAGAGCACAUCGUAUCAAAGACAGAAGAGGAAGGCUUGGUGUCCCUGUGGGAAGAUGCUGAUGAGGGAGAGGAGGGGGUGCAGGAGGAAAAGUUGCAGACUGAGCAGGAGCCCCUUCUGGUGGAGAAACUUUGGCAACGAGUCAUUGAAGACCGCCUGGUUGUAGGAGUGUUACUAACAAAAGAGGCAGCCAUAUUGCUUGAGAGUGCAACCAUAUCCAUUGAGAUGGACACUGCUCAUGGCCUAGUCCCCACCGUCAUCCAGACCCAGAGUAGAGCACACUGGCUCCCCACCACUCACCCCCCAUCUCCCCCAGAGCCCUUGGCCAAGAGGAAGAGGCCGAUCCAGGCUGGAGGCAGCAGCUGUAAGGGUGGCGGAGGCAUGCAGAGACUGGCACUGACCGCCGUCUGUGAGCUGACCCCUCUUCUGACCUGUGGCCAUGUCAAAUGCCCCGUCAUGCUCCAUUACGUCCUCAAAGAGGUGUCACCAGCUCCUGGCAGGCCCCCAGGUCCCAAGGCCCUGCAGUGUGGAUGGGUGACCCUCAGCCUCCCAGAUGUGGCUCAGGGGGUGGACCAUCCCCGCCUACUGAGAGGAUCAACAAGGGACUCCAGAGAUGACUCGAGAGAGGACCUCCUCUGCCUCUUGGCGUUCUUGGACACAUGGUCCUUCCAAAUCUACUCCCCGGACCACACGGUGUAUGAUGUGGGCCAGUGGUUGCAGGAAGCAUUGGGCUGUGAGACAGUCGAGAGAAGUCCCCAGUACCUGCUGCUCAACCCAGCAGGAGCAUCUGCUGCUCUGGUCUUUCACUGGCAACAGAAGAGCCCCUUCUUGGGAGAAUUGGUCGUGUACUGCAGGGGCCGACUCGCUUUGCUCAAAUUCCUUCACUCUCUGUGUGGUUUCCUCCCGGCAUCCUACCACAUCCAGCCCCUCAGGAAGGGAGGAUCAGAGCAUCAGGCUCAGGAUGUGGCCCGCUCCCUGGAGGGGGAGUUGCUGGCCCUGAGGGAGGGCCUGUCUUCCCUCCUCAGUGAUGCUGCAGACGGGCAGGAGGACUGGAGGAGGAGGAGGAGCAGUGAGGAGGCAGGAGGAGGAGGAGCCCCCGGUCUGGCAGCUGGUGAUGAGCUCCAGAGACGUCGGGAGGAGUGGAAGAGGGUCGUAGAGGGGAGGAGGAGGGGGGUGGGGCCCCUGGUGGUAGUGGACCGCUAUCAAUCAUUGGUUCAGAGAGUACUCCAGGUCCAGUUGCAGGUGGAUGUAGACGUUCUCCUGGGACAGGAGAGUAGAUCGGUAUUUACUCAUUAGUGUCACCCUGUAUUAAUUCAUUAGUGUCACCCUGUUACUGAUGAGUUUGAGGUUUCUUACACAAACGGUGCAUGAACUGUCCUAUGUUGUACACAGCUUCACCUAUUACUGGGUUUUUACCAGGAGUCAAUAGAAGAGGGACCUCAGUCGCUGCAGUGCUGUUUGUCAAAAUCAUUUGAGAAAAGUCUAUUUGCUCCCGUGUAACGUGAUCUCGUCUGAAUGCUGGGAAUUCACCUGGUACCCAAACUGGUGGGGAGAUGUUUAAAGCGGCGUGUGCGGUGACAUUCACCUGGAAGAGCUCUCUGCAGACAGACAGACAGGCGGCCCCACCGGGACCU